AUGAAAGUGAGAUCGCUGUUACUCAUUCUGGGUGUUUUGGGACUUGUGCACGCUGAUUUGCCAAGUUGUUUACGUGCCAGAUGUUCACACUGUAACAUCAGCUUCAUCGCCCAAAUGUGUCCCAACACAUGCGGCCAAUGCGGCGUCGACGCCUCACCAGUUGUUGUAAGUUUUUUAUUUUUUUUGGUAAGACGUUAUUCUAUACCUUAUCUUUUUUAAUACUAUGAUUCUAUUUUUCAUAAAGAUAAUAAUAAAUUUCCCAUUUAGAAGCCUACAACUCAUGCCAUAAGCCAAUCAGCACGUUCUCCAGUAGUUCACGGUCAGCCAAACUACGCUGGAACCGCCCCACUCCAAAACAUUCCACCACCAGGCCCAAUCCCAGACAGAAGUCAUUCGUACUCGUACUCUGGCUACAACAACGCCCAAGGCAUUCCACAAGCCCGUCAACUGCCACAAUCUGUGCCAGCUCAGCCACAAACCACACAAUAUGGUCACUCGUACCAACCAGAACAAACAGCUCCAUUUGCGACGGCUCCAAACCAAGCUCCAGUUCAGCCACCUCCCGCCUUUCAACAACCACAACAACAAUUCUACGCUGGACAACAACAAGUCGGCGGAAUCCAAGCACCACAACAACAACAAUUCGGAGUACCACCAAGUGCUCCAGCUCCUCAACAACCAUACGGCGUUCCAACUGGACCAGCUGGACAAGCUCCAGGAUUCCCUGCUCAGCCAACCGGAUUAGGCGUUACCCCUGCCCCUCCUGGCCUUUUUAACCCAUUCCAACCAUUCCUCGCUCAAUCAUUCCAAGCUCAACAGCCAUACAAUCCGUUCGCUUUCCCUACUCUGCCGCCUCCAGCCACAAUUGCACCAGUAAGUUUUUGUCAAAACAUUAGCUUUAUAUAAAUUAAUAAUUAUCUUAUCAUUAAACAAGAUAAAACCAAAAACUAUUUUAGUUCACCCCUGCACCCCCAUUGACCGCCCCAACAAUGGCUCCAUUGUUCACUUUGCCAACUCCUCCAGCCCCAACCCCCGCCCCAGCCACAUUCCCACAACAACAAGUAUUACAGCAACCUCAACCAUUUGGCGCCCAACAGCCAUCACCAUUCCCAACACAAGUGCAACAACCUCAAACCAGCUUCCAACAGCCACAAGGCUUCCAACAACAACAAGGCUUCCAACAGCCAAACUACCAGCAACCCCCACCCCACCAACUAGCCCAACCAACCUAUCAACAGCCGCAACCCACUUAUCAACAAUCUCAGCCAGUCGAAGCUCCAAAACCUCAACCAACCUACACUCAACCAGAACAAGUUCAGCCAGCUCGUCCAGCUGAAUACCAACAACCUCAACCUGUGGCCACUCAGCCCGAACCAGUCCAACAGCCCAGCAUUGAUGCUUCUCCUGUUCAAGUUGAGAAGAACAACUACGUGCAGACUGAUGGAAAGAGUUCGUUGAGUGGUGCUCUUGCUGGAACUUGCCCCAAACAACCCAACUGGGAACCUUGUAUCUCGAAGGAAUUGGCUAACGAGAGAUUCCGAAACUGUUGUCAGCGAUUGGGAGAUGGAUGCUCGCAGUUGUGUAGUUAUGAUUCUACUCUCACUACGGUAAGUCACUUACUUUCGUAAAAUAUUUUAUACUGAACAUUUGUUAUUACAUGUAGUUUUGAUUAUAUAAAACCGAUAUCUGCAUUCAUCCAACACCUUGUAAUGAUUAUAAAAACAAAUUUCAGAUUCAACUCGCCGUAUUGACUGGCCGUUGUCCGAUUAGCAAGGUCGCUGACAUGAUGGUAUGCGCUUCUGGCUAUGAAGAUGCUACACCGUGUUGUCAAGCCUACAAUGUGUUCGAACCUGGAUUCGAGCAUUGUCGACCAUACUGUAAUCCCGCCGCCGGAUUGCCAAACGAUGGUAUGUUGGCUGAGAAGUACAGAUGUCUCGGAAAACUGAGUCAAAUUCAACGUUGCUUCUACGUUUCACAAAGGCCUUAG